GCUGUUCUUUAUGUAAGAUUAGAAAGGUUCGAAUGGUGUGGAUUCACCCCAAAAACCAAUGACGUUUUUCUCAUUCACAACUAAGCGAGGAAAGUCCCUAACCGAUUCCUUGUUGACAGGUUGUGUGACAGAAAAAGUACAAAUUAUGAGCAGAACACUUUCUAGCCUGUUCUGUAUACCAAGACUUGUUACCUUUUUGUCAAGGCCCCUUCACAGUGGAGGAUUAUCUCAAGUUUGUUCAUGGCAUGGUUAUCGGGAUUUAAACAGAAAAUCGUUCCAUUCAAUGUGCUUUGAUCGUCAGGGCACAGCUUGGCAUGGGCUGGCAGGGAGCACUGGUGCGUUGUUAUCUCCAGAUAAUUACACAUUAUCGUACUGUCAGAGGAGAGGGAAAGCAAAAGGAAAAGUAAAAGGCAAAAAAGAUAAGAAAAGCAAACCAGACAAACAAGAUGCAGAUGAUGAUGAGGAUGCUGAUCCCCUGAAGAAAUAUAAGGACCAGCUAGAGUGGCAGUAUGAACAUCUUAAGGAACAAUAUAUUUCUCAGCUGGGACUACGUACUAGUCUCAGUUCCUAUGAAAAUGUUGCUGUGACUAUAAAUAAAUCACAAACUGUUCCUUUAAACCAGUUAGCACAGGUCAUACAGAAAACUCCACAGUUGAUGCAAAUCAACAUGGCUGCCUCCCCACAGUAUUUGAAAGAAAUAAAGACUGCCCUGAUGGAGAGCGCAUUGAAUGUAAACCCACAACAGGAGGGAACCUCUCUGUUUAUAAACUUGCCAAAAGUGACAAGAGAACACAGAGAAACUUUAGCAAGCAAUGCUCAAAGAUUAUAUAAUGAUGCCAAACAACAGAUGAACCAAUUUCAAAAUAAACAAUUGAGAAAAGCAAAAACCAGUCAAGACAAGGAAAUGGAGGUUGAUAUUAGAAAACUUUAUGAGACAUAUAUAAAGAAAUCAGAAGAAAUAAUGAAAAGGAAACAGAAGGAGCUGACUGGGUAAACCUGCCAUACACUCAAAGAGACAGUUUAAGCUCUUGUUACACACUUAUAAGGAUUGAGUAAAAGAUAUCUGAAUUGGAAAAAAA